GGUUCUGCUGUCGGAGACUCGGAAUCGGGAGAGCUUUUCUUAACCGACUAAUCAAAUUCGCUCUCUAUCUGGCUCCGGAUUUCCUCCUACUGUUUCGAGACAAACUACUGUUCUCAGAGUUUCCUGGAAACAAGAUAUAUUGGACUGGUGGGGUGAACUAGAUCAAUGGAGUGUGUGGUUCAAGGAAUUAUAGAAACACAGCAUGUUGAAGCUUUGGAGAUUCUACUUCAGGGCCUUUGUGGUGUUCCCAAAGAAUCACUUAGGAUCCAUGAGUUGUGCCUGAAAAGUGCACCAGGUCUUGGAGUGGUAGCAUCAGAGGUUCGACUCUUGUGUGAUCUGGAGCAGCCUGAGCCCACUUGGACUGUACGACAUGUUGGGGGAGCCAUGAGAGGUGCUGGUGCUGAGCAAAUUUCUGUCCUGGUGAGGACUCUGGUGGAAAGCAAAGCAAGCAAGAAUGUGUUGCGCUUUUUUUAUGCACUUGGUUACAAAUUAGACCACGAGCUCCUAAGGGUGGGAUUCACCUUCCAUUUCCAAAGGGUUGCAAGGAUUACUGUUACUGUUACUUCAGUUAAUAAGAUGCCAAAGCUAUAUGCAAUUGACGAUGCUGUGCCUGUGACACCUGGUAUCCAACUUGUUGAAGUGACAGCCCCCGCAUCUUCUGAAAACUACACCGAAGUUGUUGCUGGAGUUUCAUCUUUUUGUGAAUAUCUUGCACCGCUUCUACACUUGUCAAAACCAGGUGUCGCAACAGGGGUUGUUCCUACUGCUGCCGCUGCUGCUGCCUCUCUCAUGUCAAAUGGUGGGGGUAAAGGCUUAUAGUCCAGAAGGUGGUGGAUAUUCAGCUCUGGUUCUUCACUUCUUGAUCCAUCCAUUAAUUUUUAUCUUGAUGGGUGAUUCAACAACAGGUGCAUUAUGGUCCCGAUCAUUGAAGCCGUCCACAUUUUCUUUUAUCUAUCACUAGGAUACAUUUAACCAAGCUUUCAAGGUGGUGGUGUGUUGCAGCUAUACUUUCCAUCAAGAGGCAUUGCAGGAAAUGUUCAGAAUAUUUGGGAAACCUUCACUCUCAUUAUGAGUGGGGGAUUUCAUUAUAUGUAUUUUUUUUUUUUUUUGAAAAUGCAUGUCAAUGUCAAAAUAUGGGAAAACUAUGAAUUAAUGAGUAGAUGUGAUUAAAAACUCGAUUGAA